AUGAGUGUUUUAAGUGGUUUGAGCAAAGCUGACUUCAAAACAGCCAGCGAUGGACUGCUGGAGUUGCCAGAGGAGAGGCUGCGCAGCAUAAUGCGCUCAGAGCCCAUUACAGACGUUUACCACGUUGAGCAGACACCCUUUGCAAGAGGGAAAUUCGCAUCGGUUCGCAAAAUACGGCACCUGGUGUCCGGCGAAGAGUAUGCGGCGAAGUUUAUACGCAAACGGAGACGCGCUGCGGACACGACGCGCGAGAUACUACACGAAGUGGCCGUGCUCGCGCUGUGCGCCGACUGCACGCGCGUCGUUAGAUUACACGAGGUUUACGAGACCCGUUCGGAAGUGGCGAUAGUGUUAGAAUUGUGCGCGGGCGGCGAGCUGCAACGACUCCUGGAUGAGGAGGAGCGCCUGACGGAGGGCGGCGCGCGGCGGGCGCUGCGGCACGCGCUCGAGGGGCUGGCGCACCUGCACGCGCGCCGCGUCGCGCACCUCGACCUCAAGCCGCAGAACCUGCUGCUGAGCGCCGCGCGCGACGAGUUGCUCAUAUGCGACUUCGGCAUCAGCCGCGCCAUACACUCCGGGGCACAUGUGCGCGAGAUAUUGGGCACCAGGGACUAUGUCGCGCCAGAGAUCUUGUCGUACGAGCCGCUGUCUCUGGCGGCGGACAUAUGGUCGGUGGGCGUGUUGGCGUACGUUCUGCUGAGCGGGUACUCGCCGUUCGCGGGCGACACGAAGCAGGAGACGUACCUGAACAUAGCGCAGUGCCAGCUGUCGUUCCCGCGCGACCUGUUCCGCGGCGUGUCGCAGCGCGCCAUACACUUCAUCAGGGAGACGCUCGUCGUCGACCCCAAGGGCCGUCUUACAGUGGAAGAGUGCCUGGAGCACCCCUGGUUGAAAGACGAGGCUGAUAUACCGCGCGCCAUACUAGGCGCCGGCUACCACGCCGCCAGCGCGCCCGCCAGUGACGACGACGAACACGACGACCACCACGAACACGUUAAUGGCGUCAACGGAACGGUUAAUGGCGUCAACGGAACGGUUAAUGGCAUCAACGGAACUAUUAAUGGCGUCAACGGAACAGUUAAUGGCGUCAACGGAACAGUUAAUGGCGUAAACGGAACAGUUAAUGGCGUUAAUGGGCACAACGGAUGCACCAGCACGAAUGGAACGCACGACGAUAAAGAGGCGGGUAGUCGUGACGAGUGCGAGGAGCGCGACAAACCGCUCAAACACGCGCGGGACCUCUCCCCGCCCUGCCCCGGAGCCCCCUCCACGCCCAAGGUGUCGCGCAAGUCACAUCCGCACCCGCCGUCAGUGCUGGCGCUCUGCAAGAAGUUCCAGCCCGACUACGAGAAGCCCGCCACCCUCCCCCCGCACCCGCACCCGCACCCGCACGCGCACGCGCACUCCCCGCACAUGCGGCCGCCCGCAGACCGCGCGGUGCUGUGCUAGCGCACGCUUUACCCGUCUGUAGAACAUGCGCGAUACUGACGCGACCCCGCACGAGCUCGCCCCAACGCGGGCCGGCACGAGUGGGCCCGUGACGUCAUCGAUGGUUACACACGUCGCGUUCAUUAUGACCUCGUCUCGUCGAAGCUACCUUUCAGAUAAUGAAUCGGCUGGAUGAUUAGUUGUAAUCGGUGUACAAUCUGAUGGAUAUUGUUUUGAACGAUCGAACCGGUUUUGAUUUGUGUAAAUAAAAUUGAAAAUAGUGAUUGAUCUAUAACGAUUUGUGUACAUAAUAUUUUAUUAUAUAUUUUAUAUAAAACUUGAUAGUUUUACAAUUUGGAAAAUUUAUUGUACCGUCGCGUUUAGAAACGAAAAUUAUGUCAUAGCUGAGACGUAAUUUUGAUAUCAAAUAACUUACUGUAGCAUUCUGUUUGAAUUGACCAGGAAACCAGUGCUAAAGUAAUAAUCGGCCUUAUUACUAAUGAAAUAAUGACCCUUAUCGUAUAGAGUUGAAACCGAGGACUUAAAUUCUUGGGUCCGCUCUGACCACACAAUUAUUUAUAUUUAGGAAAAAAUGAACUACACAAAUCUACUUAAUCUUUCGAAGUACAUAUGUACAGAGUAUAUUGUCUG